GGAAGCGCGGCGGACCAGACCGAAGAUGAACCUGCCUGCACUGCUUCUGCUGAGUCUUCUCGCGGUUGUUCACGGCGAAAGCUGGAACUCGGAGAAUCUCGAUCCAAACAUAGAUCUUCAGGCACACCUUGGCGACGGUGAUGAAUACGGUCUUGAAGAAAAAGCAAAUAGUCUUCGCGCCUUCCGUUAUGAAUCUUAUGAAUCUGAUGAUGAUGAUGAUGAUGAUGAAGAUUAUGGAGAUAAGAACAAUGACGAGGGUGAUGAAGAUGGGGACUAUUUAGGAAAAGAGGAAGAUGACGAUGAUGAAGAUUAUGGCGAUGAGGGCGAUGACGAGGGUGAUGAAGAUGGGGACUAUUUAGGAAAAGAGGAAGAUGAUGAUGAUGAAGAUUAUGGAGAUAAGAACAAUGACGAGGGUGAUGAAGAUGGGGACUAUUUAGGAAAAGAGGAAGAUGAUGAUGAUGAAGAUUAUGGAGAUAAGAACAAUGACGAGGGUGAUGAAGAUGGGGACUAUUUAGGAAAAGAGGAAGAUGACGAUGAUGAAGAUUAUGGCGAUGAGGGCGAUGACGAGGGUGAUGAAGAUGGGGACUAUUUAGGAAAAGAGGAAGAUGACGAUGAUGAAGAUUAUGGAGAUAAGAACAAUGACGAGGAUUAUGGAGAUAAGAACAAUGACGAGGGUGAUGAAGAUGGGGACUAUUUAGGAAAAGAGGAAGAUGACGAUGAUGAAGAUUAUGGCGAUGAGGGCGAUGACGAGGGUGAUGAAGAUGGGGACAAUGUAGGAAAAAGGGAAGAUGAUGAUGGUGAUUAUGACGGUGAUGACCAGGAUGAAGAUGGCGGUAAUGAAGGUAUCGAUGAACAAGUGGAUAACCACGGACGAGACGUGAAUCCGGAGACAUCAAGGCUGUACGACCGCAGACGCCGACGCUUCAGGAGGCGUGGAAAGCGGCAGUUUCGGACGGGCGGGGAGAGGAACAGCGACACCCCCGACCGCGUGGCCGAGACGGAGAGUCUGGGAAACACACAAGCUGGAAGGUUGAACCUGGAUAAAAGGGGCUUCUGGUCUACCAUCACUUCUUUGUUCCGGCCCAAAAACGCGAAAGAAAAAGGAAGAAAGCCAUCCAAGAUCACGGGGUCGCCAAUAAGAAGAAACAAGGACGAUAAAGAGGAUGGCUCACAGUAUGACAGUGCCCAGUACGACAGCGCUCAGGAUGACAAUGACCAGUACGACAGCGCUCAAUAUGACUACGAAGGGCUUCAUGAAUUUCACAAACGUGCUAUUUACGACAGAGACGCUGAUCGGCCAAGAACUGGGGACGAGAGCAACGAGCAAAAGGGGAACAUCGAUUUGAAAGACACGAAUUACGAAGAGACAGAACGACGGGGGUGGACGGCAGUGAAGGCCGGGGAAGGUCAACGGCCGCAACCAGGAUUUGCUCGUGGGGAUUCCAGGCAGCCUUCCAAAGAGAUUUCUCAAGAGAGUUCGGAAGAGAGCUCCGAGGAAGACAGCUCAGAAGAAACGUCUCAGGAGAAAACGUUGCCGAUGGAAGACCACAGAAUGCAAGGCGACCUCGACGACGGUUACAAGAAGUUAACAGAUGGAACAGUUGAACAACCAAAAGAUAUCCAAGAACUGGUUGAAAAAACACAGGAUUACCAGGAUCCAGCUGAAAAAUCACAAGAUUACCAGGAACUUGUGGGUGAACCUGUUGAACACACACAGAAUUACCAGGAACCAGCUGAACAAUCACAAGAUUACCAGGAAUCUGUGGCUGAACCUGCUGAACAAUCACAAGAUUACCAGGGACCGGUGACUGAACCUGCUGAACAAUCACAGGAUUACCAGGAACCAGCUGAACAAUCACAAGAUUACCAGGGACCGGUGACUGAACCUGUUGAACAAUCACAGGAUUACCAGGAACCAGCUGAACAAUCACAGGAUUACCAGGGACCUGCUGAACAAUCACAGGAUUACCAGGAACCUGCUGAACAAUCACAGGAUUACCUGGAACCAGCUGAACAAUCACAGGAUUACCUGGAACCAGCCGAACGAUUACAGGAUUACCAGGAACCUGCUGAACAAUCACAGGAUUACCAGGGACCUGAUGAACAAUCACAGGAUUACCAGGAACCAGCUGAACAAUCACAAGAUUACCAGGAACCGGCUGAACAAUCACAGGAUUACCAGGGACCUGCUGAACAAUCACAGGAUUACCAGGAACUUGCUGAACAAUCACAGGAUUACCAGGAACCAGCUGAACAAUCACAGGAUUACCAGGGACUUGAUUACCAGGACUUGUUGAACCAAUCACAGGAUUACCAGGAACCGGCUGAACAAUCACAGGAUUACCAGGGACCUGCUGAACAAUCACAGGAUUACCAGGAACCAGCUGAACAAUCACAGGAUUACCAGGGACCUGCUGAACAACCACAGGAUUACCAGGGACUUGUUGAACAACCACAGGAUUACCAGGAACCUGCUGAACAAUCACAGGAUUACCUGGAACCAGCUGAACAAUCACAGGAUUACCAGGAACUUGCUGAACAAUCACAGGAUUACCAGGAACCAGCUGAACAAUCACAGGAUUACCAGGAACCAGCUGAACAAUCACAGGAUUACCAGGGACUUGUUGAACAAUCACAGGAUUACCAGGAACCAGCUGAACAAUCACAGGAUUACCAGGAACCGGCUGAACAAUCACAGGAUUACCAGGAACCAGCUGAGCAAUCAGAGGUUUACCAGGAACCAUCUGAACAACCACAGGACUACCUAGAACCAGAUGAACUGGGCUAUCAAGAUAUAGCUGAACAAUCGCAGCAACCAAAUGAGCAGUCAAAAGAUUACCAAAAAGCUGAUGAACAAGCGAGUUACAAAGAGGUAAAUGAACAUUCUCAGGGUAACCAGGAUGGAGACUUAUUCCAAGCACCGGGUGUAGACGGUGCACAGUCCAUUCAGGUUCCAGUCCAAGCCCUUUAUCAAGUUCCAGCUCAAGUCCCUUAUCAGGUUCCAGCUCAGAUGCCCUAUCAGGUCCCAAGUCAGGUGUUUUAUCAGAUUCCGCCCCAGGUUCCUUAUCAAAUUCCUGGGCAGGUUUCUUAUCAGAUUCCUGGGCAAGUUCCUAACCAAGUCCCAAUACAGAUGCCUUAUCAGGUUCCUGUACAGGUACCUUAUCAGGUUCCAGCCCUGGUUCCCUUCCAAGUACCAGCACAGAUACAACGCCUAGUUCCUGAACAGCUACAUGACUAG